AUGUCAACCACAAUAUUAUCGCCUUCAGAAGCAUUAAUUACAUACUCAGACUAUAUAUUAAGUAAUAUAGAUACUUUACAAAAAGUAGAAUACAACAAAAAAGGAAGAAAAUAUAGAUUUGUAAAUAAUUCAUUUCAAAGAAUAAGACAAGAAGAUAAACAUUUGAUUAUAUGUCCUGAGAAACUCGAAAGCAAAUAUUCAUUAUAUUCAGCAUUUACUAUAUUAUACAAUAUAGGAGAUAUUCUCAAUAGUCAUCCUCAAUUUUGUUGUACUAUCCUUGGUUUAGCUUUAGAGUUGGAGAAAAAUCAAUGGUAUGAAGAAGAAAAUUCAUCAGUUAUUCAUCUCAAAAAUGCAAAAUAUGAUCCAUUAGAUUUGAAAGAUUUAUGUGAUGAGUUUUUAGAAACUUAUCCAAUUGAAGAUAAACAUAUUGAGUGGGGUAUUAACUUAUUAAUUGCAUCAAAACUAAAUUUUUUACAUACAGAUCACCAUAUUGGUUCUAAAAUAGAUCAUAAUGUUAUAAAGAACUUUAUUAGAAUAUAUUUUGGUGAAGAAGCUUUAACUAGUCAAGAUAUUUUAACUUCAUUGAAAAGUUGUGUUCAUUGGGCAAACAUUAAAGGAAUUUUAUAUAAACUAGAUUUACCAGUUAAAAUUUCAAAUGAACAAAAACAAUUAUUUGCCAAUUUCCCAACACCAAGUGAGGAAUUAAAAAUUAAUGUUUAUGAUAGAUAUCCAUCAGGUACUUCAAAAUAUUCAUUAAUUAGAAAAAGUGUAGACAUUUUAGCAGAUUGGAAAUAUUCAAAACUUAUACCAUUUGAAGAUGAUAUAGUUUGGUUAUUUGAUUUAUGUCAUGAUAUAGAAACCAAUCCAAUUAAAUAUCAUUUAAGAUCAAAGACUAAAGAUUUAUAUGAUAAUCCAGUUAAUCUAAGUGAAUUGAAUAUUAAAUAUGGUAAAAAUUUGAAAAAUUUAUUAGAUUACAUUGGUAUUGUCAUUAAUAUAUUUGAUACAACUGGUGGUGAAUUUUUAUUACAAAAUUCAAAGAUUCCAAAAUUAACAAAUGAAUUGAUACAAAAAUAUGAACCAUUAUAUAUAAAAUUAAUUAAAGUUAAAGAUCAAAUUGAUAAUUAUGAAUCAAAAGAUUGGGAAGCACCUGAUAUAAUAACUAGAUUAGGGGAAUGUGAUAAUUCAUUAUUUGAUAAAGUAAUGAAAAUGAGACAACAGUAUAUAGAUGAUUAUGAAUAA